GGCCCCGGGAAGCGGCGCGGCCGGCGGGACUUCCCGGAACGGCGGCGGGAGGCGCUGACACGUGGCCGCCGCUCGGCGGGGGGAGGGAGCCAGGCGGCCGCCGCGAUGUGAAGCGGCGGAGGCGGAAGGCGCUGCCCGCAUGGCCGCGGGUGCCGGCGGCAGGAAUGUGCCGCUGUGCAGCACCGAGCAGCGCGACGGCAUGAGGAGGGAUGGCGGCGGGGACCCGUACUGGUCCAGGCCCGAGUCCCGCGUCUGGACGGUGAUGCUGCUACUGGGGACCUGCCUGCUGUACUGCGCCCGUGUCACCGUCCCCAUCUGCGCCAUCGCCCUGAGCACCCACUUCGACUGGGACAAGAAGCAGUCCGGCAUCGUGCUCAGCAGCUUCUUCUGGGGAUACUGCUUGACACAGAUUAUCGGGGGACAUAUCAGUGAUCAAAUAGGAGGUGAGAAGGUUCUCCUCCUCUCGGCGUCAGCAUGGGGGUUCCUCACGGUCCUCACCCCGCUGCUCACCCACCUCACUUCUGCCCAUCUCAUUUUCAUGACCUGCUCCAGGUUCCUCAUGGGGCUGCUGCAAGGGGUGUAUUUCCCAUCCCUGGCCAGUCUCCUGUCCCAGAAGGUCCGGGAGAGCGAACGAGCCUUCACCUACAGCACCGUGGGGACCGGCUCGCAGUUUGGGACGCUGGUGAUCGGUGGUGCAGGGUCUCUCCUCCUGGACUGGUACGGCUGGGAGAGUGUUUUCUAUUUCUCUGGUUUGCUCACUUUGCUCUGGGUUUACUGCACCUGCAAGUACCUCCUGAGUGAGAAAGAACUCAUCAUCCCCAUCGAUUAUUUAAUAAGAAGCCUCUCGAUAACUAAGCAGACUAAAGUUCCCUGGAAGCAGUUGUUUAGGAAGGCACCAAUAUGGGCUGUCAUCAUCGCUCAGCUUUGCACGGCCAGCACGUUUUUCACUCUCCUUUCCUGGCUGCCAACUUUCUUUAAGGAAACUUUCCCUGAGUCAAAGGGUUGGGUGUUUAAUGUCGUCCCCUGGCUGGUUGCAAUUCCCACGAGCUUGUUCAGUGGAUUUCUGUCUGAUCAUUUGAUCAACCAGGGUUACAAAACCAUCACCGUCCGUAAGUUCAUGCAGGUCAUAGGCUCUGGUGUCUCAAGCAUUUUUGCUUUAUGCCUGGGCCAGACAUCCAGUUUUUGCAAGGCGAUAGUGUUUGCUUCCGCCUCUGUUGGACUUCAGACCUUUAACCACAGUGGCAUUUCAGUGAAUGUCCAGGAUCUGGCCCCCUCGUGUGCUGGCUUGCUGUUUGGUGUUGGGAAUACAGGUGGAGCCCUCCUAGGUGUCAUUUGCGUGUACUUGGCUGGCCACCUGAUUGAGACGACUGGCUCCUGGAUUUCUGUUUUCAACCUGGUGGCUGCUGUUAACAGCAUUGGCCUCUGUGCAUUCCUCAUGUUUGGAGCAGCCCAGAGGGUGGACACAGACUCUGCAUAUAUGGACCUCUAGAGAUGAGUCCAGCAAGCAGCCAAAACGUCACAUCUAUAUGUCAUUGUCGCACAAGUGCCAAAGAACUUUAUUUUUUUUUAGGUGAUUAACAGGGAAAAAAAAAUAUACUGAGACCAAGUACAUAAUGGGUCUGAAUGAAACCUAUGGGAGAAAGAAAAUCUAGGGUUCAUUUUUUUGCUCAGGGCACGGCUGAUGGCCUCUAGAGCCAUCCAGCUCAACAUCUCCAGUGAAGAUAUGGCCCAUGGGACUUGUUUACCCCAGUCCAUGUCUAGUGGACAAAUAUCUACGUGGCCAAAGCAGCUUAACCCAAAGGGAGCUGCGGUUUGGAUGCUCUGCACUGGAGUGGUCCCUCACCAAGGGGAUCUGCUUUGCUGUAUCAGGAGUGGGUCCCUCCGUUCUCCACCAUCCUGUGACAGCAGGGACGAUGGCCAGCUCUCCGGCUGCCACCUGACACAUGUUGUCGGAGCUCCAGGAAAGGAACAAUCCAAACGAAUGUACCUCUGACCUUAACCCUCCCUCAUGUGCCUUCAUUUUGCCAUCUGCUCAGCAGGAACAAGCCAGGUGUACAAGAAAACGGGUUGUGAGAUGGAUUCAAGGCUUCCAUUCAGGGGAAAGCUUCUGGCUGGACAUCUCCUGUAGACCCAGGGGCAUGAGACUACAUCAAUAUUUCCUUCCCUGCGUGGAAGGAAAGCUGAGCCAGGAGGUUGCAGAGCCGAUGGCCCGAACCAGCUGAGCCCAGCUUUGCUCAAGGGCAGAGCUUGAGGGCUCCCUCCUCUCCCAGGUCACUUAUCUCCAGCUCUGAGCUGAGGUUGACCACCUCUGAGCCAAGGAAAGCUGCAGUUGCCCAUGGUCAGGCUUAGCUGGGCUUGACUUUGCACUCUAGGUGCAGCCGAGGAGUCCCCCGGGAUCUGGUUUGCCAUGUGCUGUGAAUGUGCAAGAACAACAGGUUGUGUUCUGUGCGAUGGAUCUACACUCCCAGAUGCUUUCCUCUUGAUUAGACGUGUCCUCCACAUGCUCUCAAAGGGGUGCAGGAGGCUUUCCAAACAGCCUGCAACAGGCAGAUUUUGUUUCAACAUUAAGCAUAAAGCAAAUCUCUGCACUGGGGAUCAAUAGCACUGUAUGUGGAUCCUUGCUGUUCCCCCUGUCAGAGGGGAAUGCUUGGCUGUACACACCUCUGAGCCUGCUUGUCUUAAGUUAUUUAUAAAUAUUUUUAAAUUUAGGUACCAAAUUCUAUAUUUUAUCUAUGUGAGGCCUGAUUCUGCAUUCUUAUUUUGAGUGGUACUCCCACCAAAACCUACAGUAUUCCUAGAAGGAGAGAAUAUUCCAGCCUACAGUUUCUGGCUUUGUAGGAUCCAUUUUAAAUGGGACAUUUCAUAUUAAACCGAUUCAUUGCUUUUCCUUGCACCCAUUGCUUGCAGCCUGAAAGGAUCUCUUUGAUUUCUCUCGUACUUACAAGGAAACUUCAGGUGAGACUUGGGAGCUGAUUUCCCAAGGGACCUCGCUGUGCAGGAAAGCUAUGGGUUCAGAUGCAUUUUCCUUAAGAAAAAAUAAAUUAUCCCCUGCUUCUCUUUUUGUUUUGGCCAAGUUUCCUCUUGGAAGACAUGUUGGAGCCAUGUUAAGUUUGUGAAUAGCUGGGUUUAUAGUGAAAAUACAGACAGCCUUUUAAUUGCAGAGAUCCAAAUGAGUGCCACUAAACUAAGCUGAGCUUAUUGGGGGUAUUAAGAGAUAAAGAUGCAACUGCCUGAUGUCUUCACAAGAGAAUGGAGGAUCAGUGUGGUCUGGUUGGGGGCCAGAAAGAUAAGAAAGUAUUUUUUUCUCCUUCUGUGCUUUUUUCCUCUAAAAGACUGGUCAGUACCACAGGUACAACCCUGUGUCUGGGGUGCUGCAGAGCCAGGACACGUGGACGCUGCUGGGAAGCAUCUUAGAAUCAGCAGGUAAAAUGGGGAGGGCACACAGAGCAAAUGGAAACCAGGCUUGCCAAAGCCUGAGGCUGUGCAGACAUGUCUGCCAGCCUUGUCCCUCCCCCAGUCCCAGCAGAUUGUUUGCAUGGCUUUUUCUAUAGCAACACAGGAAAAAAAAAAAAAGGUGGCUUUUUUAUUAAAAAAAAACAAACACAAAAACCAAAAACCAAACCCAACAUCUUCCCCAGCUGUUCAGCAUUGCAGUUCAGGAGCACAAGGAGUGAAUUCUGGUUGUCUUUGCUGGUUGCACCAUUUUCUGUGGACGAGUUGAUCGGUUUGAAUCACUCACAUUUGACCCAGGCAGCUUGGGCAUCCCUUGGUUCUGCAAACUGGGAAAUCUGGAACUGAGAUUGUUAAAGGAAAGUCAACAUUUCUGGCUGUGCCUUCGCUGUAAAUCCAGCUAAUGUUUUUGUGGGUUGUCCGGAUUAUUUGUCCCUGUAAACGGGCUAAUAAGUUAAAUAUUUGGAGUACAAUUGAGGUUUAGGUUUUAUUAUAUUCUUACCUCUUUGGUGAAGUGUUGAAACAAUUUGACAUUGCUGUGCUAAUAUUUGCUUAAGCAACCUUGCCAAAGCUUGCCAUCUGAGGGUUUUUGUUAUGGAAGGACCUGAAAAAAAUAAAGGUAGUGAAUAAUUUGCA